AUUCUGGAAGAGAUACCAGACUGGAGUGCUGUAGAGCUGGCGGUCAACGGGGAGACUGUAUUUUGCUGCAACAUCAAUGACCUGAGUUUUGGAGGUGAUGGCAAGUUGGAUCCACUUUGUGAAGAAGCCAGAAAAGCAGUGUGA